AUGGCCAACCGAGCCGUCAGUACGCCAAGGUCAGUGCGCUGCGCCCUUACCUGCUCAUCAACUGCCUGCUAUAGCUCCUGGAUCGAUCCGGCAUUUUUCUCUUCUCGUAGUAUCAGCAAUUUGCUCCAUCGCAUUUCAACGUCCAUAGUUUUUGUGUGGUUGCUGGCAUGUACGCAGGUGGAUGCCUUCACUGGCGAGCCGUUCAAGGGCAACCCGGCGGCGGCGUGCCUCCUGGACGAUGACGACCGGUGGCUUCAGUCCGUCGCUGCGGAGUUCAACGUAUCCCAGACGGCCUUCCUCUUCCGCCGCGAUGGAGGCUCCAGCUCGUCGUCCACCCCGCGCUUCCGCCUCCGCUGGUUCAGCCCCCGCACCGAGGUCCCGCUGUGCGGGCACGGAACACUGGCGUCCGCCCACUUCCUCUUCACCGCCGUCCUCGCGAAGCAGCAAGAUGUGAUCGAGUUCGUGACCGAGUCCGGGAUCCUGACCGCCUGGAAGGUUCCCGGAGCAAGUUCGCGGCCGCGGGUGACGGAGGAGGAGCAGGCGAAGCCGUUCAUCGAGCUGGAUUUCCCCACGAGCGAUGUUCUCGUGGACUGCAGCUCCACCCACGAGCUGCCGUCCAUAUUCCUGAAGGCCGCGCCCAUAGUCGGUGUUCACCGAGGAGCAACCACCGACGACUUCAUCGUAGGACCCUGUUUGUGGCAGUGCACAUUGUGCUCUAGCACCAUACUGGGCCCGAAAACUGGGCAAACGAAGACUGACGGCGUUUCAAGCAUCUAAAAGGACCGGAACACUUUAUCUGGAGUUGGAUACAGCAAAUCGGAAGGUAAAAAUUCAAGGACAAGCCGUUACUGUGAUGGUUGGAACACUCCUAGCUUAGCUAGCUAGCAUAUACUUUCAUCUAUGUAUGCUUUGAACUACGGUGUCAAACCAAUGCAUGGUUACAUUUGUUGUUUUAA